UUUACAGACACAAGUAAUGUAUCGAGGAAAGAAAUUUGUUCUAAUCACAUUUGCAAAUAUCGAGCUGGUUCCAUUCUAUCAAAUAUGGAUUUUACAGUUGAUCCAUGCAAAAACUUUUAUGAAUUUGCUUGUGGAUCUAAUCAAAAAUACGAAAAUAUUUAUGACGACCAGAUACGUGUACUUUAUAAUUUACGAAAUUAUAUGAUUUAUUUAGGCAAAGAACAAUUAGAGAAGCCAGAUGAAGAAAGUGAUCCAAGUUUUGUGAAAAAGGUCAAGAAAUAUUAUGAAUCGUGCUUAACUAAACCUACUGUACUUAAAGAAGUAGUUCAGACAUUCUUGCUCGAAAUGAAUUUGGAUGUUUGGCCUCAGUCUCCAAAUGAUAAUUCAGAAUCGACAAUAGAAGAUGCAGCAGCUGCCGCAAUCCUUUAUAAGGGAUCUGGAUUAUUAUUCCGCUUCAUUGCAAAUUUAAACGACCCUAAAAUUACCCUCGAUAUUGGAAUUACUACAGUUAUACCAGAUGUAUUAUCAAACAUCUCUGAAAAGAAGUUUAUAAAGUUAAAAGAACAAUAUUCUAAUCUUAUAAAUUAUGUAUUUGAUAAACUUGGUUUAUCAUCAGAAGAUUCCGCUAAAUAUGUCGAGGAAAUGAUUACAUUUGAAACAUCUUUGACAGAAAUCCAGAAAACAAAUCGAAAUCUCGAAUUUAAUUCAAUAAAUUCUACAAUUUCAGAAUUACAAUCCGAAUGUCCUCAGAUUAAAUGGAAACAAUUACUGAAACGUGUAUAUGAAUAUAUUUAUCAUCCUGAAGAUUAUACUGAAGAACUCCUAAUAAAGAUAUCCAGUAAAAACUACCUGGAUGAUCUGUGUGAAUUAGUUGGAAACACUACAAACAAAAGAAUUAUUUAUAAUUUGCUGCUGUGGAAUGUCUUUAUUCGUUAUCUGCCCCGUUUCGAUUACUUCUUUAGACAGCUUUUAAUUGAUAGUAAACGAUUCCUGAGGUUUUAUGAGAGUUUUUAUCAACCACUUUCCGGUAUUCAUAAAUUAAUAUGGAAAUCUUGCAUUCAAGAUAUGGAAUUGUAUAUCCAGAAGGUAUUAAGCUACAUGAUGAUAAAAUCGAUGAAUCCGGAGAAAGACAUUAAAGAGGUUAGUGAAUAUACUGACCGUAUUUAUGAAGAGAUGACACAAUUGUUUUCUGAGGAUGAUUGGAUGGAUGACUACAGUAAAAAUAUUACCAAAGUUAAGCUAAAUAAUAUUAAACCUUUCAUCGGAUAUGAAAAAGAAUCAUUGGAGGAGGAUUUUUUAAAUUUAAUUUUCGACAAUAUAAAUAUCACUGACAAUUACAUCUGGAACAUAUUACAUGUGGAAAAUCUGAAAUUUUUGAAUUAUAUGUAUAAUCCAAAUAUAACUUCUGUGCUACGUAAAGUAUACAUAUAUGAACCUAUUGGAGCUCAUGCAUAUUAUUCAGAGAGGAAUUUUGGUGGAAGAUUAGAAAUAGAAAUAAAUAUCACUGACAAUUACAUCUGGAACAUAUUACAUGUGGAAAAUCUGAAAUUUUUGAAUUAUAUGUAUAAUCCAAAUAUAACUUCUGUGCUACGUAAAGUAUACAUAUAUGAACCUAUUGGAGCUCAUGCAUAUUAUUCAGAGAGGAAUUUUGGUGGAAGAUUAGCAAUCUCAUUAGGAAUAAUGAAUCCCCCAUAUUAUCAUUAUGAUUCACCUAAAUAUCUUAACUUUGCUGGGAUAGCUUCUGUAAUUGGUCACGAAUUUUCCCAUGGAUUUGAUAUUUUAGAUGUUAUUAAUGAAAGAACGGAAAAUUCGACGAACAAAAACAAAAACGAAAUUAAAUGGCCUGAAGAAUUUUUACAAGAAUAUAAACGCAGAAAAUAUUGUUUAAUACAUCAAUAUUCUCAACUUCCUUUAGAAGGAAAUAUGACGGUGGACGGUAACGCAACGAUACGCGAUAAUAUUGCAGAUAAUAAUGGAUUAACUGUAUCUUUUCGGGCUUACAGAAAAUAUCUUAAACAACACGGCGAAGAACCUUAUCUUCCAGGACUUGAUUUUUCCAAUAAACAAAUGUAUUUUAUUGGAUAUGCUCAGAUGUGGUGCGAAAUAGUAGAAUCAUUGAAGAAAACAUUUGAAUUUGAUGCACACAGCCCUGGAAAAUACAGGCUUCUUAUACCUUUAAUGAAUUCUCCGGAAUUUUCUGAAGUUUUCAACUGUCCCUUAAACAGUUAUAUGAAUCCUGAGCACAAGUGCAGAAUGUGGGGAUAGAAUUAUUAUUCUCAUAAGUGUCAUCAACAU